AUGUCAUCAAUGACAUCAAGUGAAAUAAUAGAGCCAGUGACUGUUUAUAUAAAAUCGGGGUAUUAUCCACUUAUUAACAAUUCACUUAAAUUCACAAAAUGGUCAUUUAAAAACAGUACAAUACCGCGCCCAAUCACUAUAACGAAAUACCCCAAUGAAAACCCACCUGUUAUCACAGGUGGAGACAAAAUUCCAAUAUCUUCAUUUCGUUCUUUGAACUUGGAAACCGACAAAGCACAAUAUGAAAAAAUCCAAAGUUCAAAAAGAAACUACAUUAAAGUGUGUGAUUUGGAUAAGUUGUAUAACCGAAUCGACUUAGGAAUUUUCGAAGCAGAUUCGAAUGCUGAAAUUUAUGUCGACGACAAGCGGUUCCGUGUAGCUCGAUAUCCAAAUUAUGAGUACACAGACACAUCACAUCAAACUGAGAGAAUAUUCAUAUUACCACCAACUGACACUUCAAUUCAACUCACACCAAAUGUGACUGGAUAUUAUAUCCUAGAAAAGAAGUUCUUUGUGGCAAUGAGACGACUUUUAAAAGUGAGCAGAGUGUAA